AUGAGCUCAGUUAUAGAAGUGAAAAAUGAAAGUACUAUUGAAGAGGAGCCCAAUGCGGAUAUACCAAUUCCCUCUUCAGAAGAACAACUUUUGGGAUCAGUAACAAGCAUAUGUGAAGGACCAGACCAAAAAGGUCAACAACUCAGGUCAAGUGCUCGUGUUUUCAAGAAAAUGAAAUUGGAUAGCUCAACCCCUGUGAUCCCUGAGAAAAUUGAGAAGAAGGAGGAGAACAAACAAGAUACUAUUACGAAAAAAUGUUACAGACCUUUGUGGUCAUCUGAUGAUAAAAACUACUUUUUUGAAGCUUUAAAUGAAUUUGGCAAAGAUUUUGAAAAUAUCCAUUCCUACAUUAGCACCAAGCUGAGAAAGAAAGGUGUUCCAGAUCACCUGAUUAAAACUAAGGAUCAAGUGAGGCAUUUGUAUUACAGAACCUGGCACAAGAUAUCAAAAUAUCUAAAAUUAUCUGAUGGCAUUAAAAAAUUGGCACAAGAACUGUAUGGUUUGAUAAACUAUGGUGAACUGAGGAAAAAAGUAGGAUCAGUAAGUAAAAAAUCUUUGUUAAAAUUGAAUGAUCUACUGUACAAGGGUACAAUUAUCUUGCGUGUUAAAGGCAAAUCAUUGAGAGUAAGUACUCCAAUGUGUAGGGCUUUGCGCAAAGUGAAUCAACUUGAUGAAAAAUAUGAUGACAUUAAACUACCAAAUCGCCUAACCAUUGAGUUGAGACCAAAAGAUAUGAACUCUUUUUUGAGGGUACAGAGCACAGCACAAAAUCCCAGACUUAGAACAUCAAUGCCUUUACAGAAGAGGUUGAGCAGUCUUAUUGAAUGUCUGAAUAAAAAGUGGAAAUCAGUUGAUGCCAGAAUAUAUGAUAAAGCUUUGAUAUCUACUAAUCCAGUAACUAGUGGUUGUGUACCAUCAAAUAAAGAAACUGAAACAAAUAAACUGCUAUUGAACCCUCCUUUGAGAUUAACACCUCCUCCUGAUUGCAAUGUUGAAAUACCAUCAAUAAAUUUUGGAGAAUACUUCACUAGACAAAGCAUUUGUUUAAAUUCAUAUCAAAGUAGAGUUGGUGGAGAAAAUUUCAAUACAUUUUGUAACUAUAACACUUUCAAGUUAGGAAAUAAACCUGGUUCAAGAAAGAUAGUUAGACCAAGGACUGACAGUGCUAGUGAAAAAACACCUCCCAAAAAUAAUUCACAAACUGAGGAUUAUAAUACUGACAAUACAGAUCAAGAACCAAAUAGUGAUAUUAGUAAGGCAGUAGACAAUAUAAAACAAGAAGAGAUAACAAUAGAGGAGACAAAAGUUGGAUAUGAGCUUGGAUACAAAAAAGAGGUUUUUUUGCUAGAUCAUGAGAUGCAGGCCCGGAUCGAUACUAUCAAGAAGGGAUGGACUGAAAAAAAUAGUGAAAGCGUGACAGUAGGGGAAAUUUACCUAAUGUUUGGUUCCAACUCCAAAGUGAUUUUGGAAUACAGCUGGGAUAAGCCGUCCAAACCCAGUGGACCAAAAACCAGUUCAAAUCACGUGAGUGUUGACACUGAGAAAGACACAGAUUCCCUUGAAGAUAUUUGCAGUGAUGAGGACACAAAUACAGAUAUGAGUGAUUCAUUAUCCAAAUUACUAUCUGUAGCGAAGCUGCACUACCGAAGUAAUAAGAUAAAUUGCCCAUGUGGACACGUAUGUGGUGCUAAAAACAAUUCACAACUCAAGAGAGCAGUAGAGUCCAAAAUCAGAAAAAUAUUGACAGACAUGGACAAAUGCACGGAUGAAAUUGAAGACAAAAUAAUUCCCGAAGAAAACAUGUUCGAUAACGAAACAUCAUGUAUGUCUCCUCCUGUUUAUGUGAAACCAAAAGUUCCCAUAGCUCCAGCUCCUCAGACUCACCAACCUACUGAUACAGGGCGAUUGGUGUCUCAGAUUGAUUCAAUACAGAAAUUACAACCCAGAUAUUGCAAUCGAAGAGGAAGGAGACCUAGAUUGAAGCAAGUUGUGGUAGAAAGAAAGUUACCAUUAUUGCCUAAUAACCUAGAAAGUGGGCAUCAGAUUGUGAGGAUGAAUAUAAUAUCCAAAGAAUCUCAAACGCAAGUGGCUACAAAUGAAAAAGAACAACCUUCUUCCAGCAAUGAUCAUGUUUCAAGGAAUGACAUUCUUACAGAAUCUAUGAGAAUCAGUGAUAUCAAUUCGGAACCCACUAGUCCUUCUAGAAUACUCAGAGAAGGAGACAAUCAGUGGAUCAAUUCGGUGGUUGGUGACUAUUCAUUGAGCAGUCUACUAGGCCAUUUGGAAUCUCCCAUGAAGUCUGUAAACUCCAAUUUGCUGGGUGAGGACUCAAGGUUGUCAUAUGAUGUCGGUUCACAGUUGCAGUCAAUGUUAACACAAAGUAGUGUAGAUUUUUCAGCAAAUUUUGCUGAUUUAGCAGCACAGGUUACCCAAAAUGAAGAUGGGAAUACUUGA